AUGUCCUACGAUCGCUAUGUUGCCAUCUGCAGACCCCUGCACUAUGAGACCCUCCUGGGCAGCAGAGUUUGUGUCCACCUGGCAGCAGCUGUCUGGGGCUGUGGCUGUCUCUAUGCUCUGCUGCACACAGCCAAUACAUUUUCCCUGCCCUUCUGCCAGGGCAAUGCUGUGGACCAGUUCUUCUGUGAAAUCCCCCAGAUUCUCAAGCUCUCCUGCUCCACAUCCUACCUCAGAGAACUUUGGGUAAUUUUGGUCGGUUCCUGUUUAGUGUUUGUCUGUUUUGUGUUGAUUGUGGUGUCCUAUGUGCAGAUCUUCAGGGCAGUGCUGAGGAUCCCCUCUCAGCAGGGACGCCACAAAGCCUUUGCCACCUGCCUGCCUCACCUGGCUGUGGUCUCCCUGUUUGUCAGCACUGUAAUCUUUGCCUACCUGAAGCCCUCCUCCAUCUCCUCCCCAUCCCUGGACCUGGUGGUGUCUGUUCUGUACUCAGUGGUGCCUCCAGCAGUGAACCCUCUCAUCUACAGCCUGAAGAACCAGGAGCUGAAGGUUUACAAAGAGUCUGCCUAG